AUGGGAUCAAUAACGGAUGUUUCCUCACCAGAGUUUGAAGAAGAUAAAGCAAAGUUAAGAAUUACAACAAAUCUGUCAUUUAGUCCACUUUUUAAUUAUCCCAAAUUUAUUAAAGUAUUAAAUACAAAUAAAGUAAAAUCGCACAUUUUUGACAGGGUAAUUAGUUAUACCAAAGAAGGUUAUGAAUUUGUAAAUUUAGUUUGUAUUUCAUUAUAUAAGUUAUUCAUUAUUCAUAAUGCUUCCUUAAAUGAAUUAUUUGUAAAUACCAUACAUCAUAGAUCUUUAUCUAUAUCUGAAUUGAAUUUGAAUAAUCCAACGUUUAUAUCAAAUAUUAAAAAGGUUACAUUAUAUUCUUCUACUGGAGAAAUUCAAUCCUUUUUUACAUUGACAUCUUCAAUUAAACAUCUUAAUAUUCAUGUGGAUGAAUUUGAGUUAUCGGAAAUUCUAUCAGAUUUAAUUCAAUCACUACCUCAACUUUUGACUCUUUCAACUCAAUAUUCAAAUGUUUCUUUAUCAAAUGCUGCCUUUAAAUCAUAUCCCAAUUCAUUAACUUCAAUUAAAUUUACUUUUUGUGAUUUCUUAAACGUCUCAUCAUUUGAUGAUUUUAAAUAUCUCACACAAUUAAGAUCUCUUCAAUUUAUUUAUUGUAAAGGGAUAAAUACUCAAUUUUUUCAGCCGUUACUUGAUAUUUCUACACCACCAUUAGAAAUUAAAACUUUAAAGGUAGUUGGUAUGAUCGAAGGAAUUACUUUAUUACUUCAGAAAAUUGGUCCUUAUUUAGAACAUUUAGAAUUAAACCUUACGAAUGUUUUGGAAAAAAAUAAAGCAUUUGAAAGCGUUGUGAAUUAUUGUAAUAAAAUUAAAUAUUUAUGCGUAGGUAACUUUGAUGAUGGAAAUAUACUUCAAUUAUAUAAUAUGAUUACUCAUAAUAAACAUAUUAAGUACCUUACAAUUGGAAAUGAUGAUGCUCGUCGUAAAUCAAAUAUUUUAGAGGGAUUAGGUCAAAUUUUACCAAAUUCUUUAAAAUAUUUAAUUUUAAGUUUGGCAAUUGAUCCAAUUCAUUUGAACAUCUUUUUUGAUCAUUGUCAUCAUAUCGACAUUUUAUUAAUUAAAAAUCUCAAUCGUAAUGAUAUUGACAUCACUUUUAAAUACUUGAAAAACUUUGUAAAGGAGAAGAAGGGGGUAAAAAAUCUUGCAUAUUAUGUCAAUGAUAUAUUUGAACCUUUGAUACAUCAAAAGUUGGAACAGAUGGCUUGUGAGAUUCAACCUUUUGUAAAAAUGAAGGAUUUUUAUGAAUCAAUUGUAGACAUUUCUGAUUUUGAAAUAUCAUGUUAA